AGUUCCUGAUUGAGUAACUGAGUUAGAAGUCAUGUGCCUCCUGCUGCUUCCCUCUGUCAGUCAGACGCUCCGCAGGAGACUAGAAGUCGUACAUUCCUCCCAGCUCUGCUCCAGAAGUGGAGAUGAUUCUGUCGUGGUGUCUGGUCCUAGUGACUUUCACAUCUACAACUUUUGGUACCAAUCCAGGUGUGCAAGUCAGGCUAACGCAGAAAGGCCUUGAAUAUGGCAGACAGCUGGGCAUCACUUCUCUGCAGCAGAAACUCGGAUCCGUGACAAUCCCGGACUUUUCAGGGUCUCAGAGUGUGUCUCCCAUCGGUAACGUCAAGUACAGUUUGACAAAUAUAAAUCUGGUCAACGUUGGGUUACCGAAGUCUGCACUGGACCUUGUGCCUGGGACUGGCGUCAGACUGUCCAUUGGUGAUGCCUUUAUGAAUCUGCAUGGAGACUGGAGGGUCAAGUACCUCUAUGUGAUAAAGGACAGCGGCUCCUUUGACGUGAACGUCAACGGGCUUUCGAUCACGACGAGUAUUGCCGUGAGCAGCGAUGAAACGGGCAGGCCAGCGGUCGACGUUGCCAACUGUGCAGCCAGCGUCGCCAGUGCCGACGUCAAGUUUCAUGGGGGAGCCAGUUGGCUUUACAACCUCUUCAGCAAGUUUAUAGACAAGGCUCUACGCGACGCUCUGCAGGAGCAGAUCUGCCCUCUGGUGGUCAAAGCAGUGGCAGAUUUAAACCCCACACUGAGAACACUCAAUGUGCUGGCCAAGGUGGACAAGUACGCUGAGAUUGAAUACUCCAUGGUGUCUUCUCCCAUAGUUACAGCGUCUUCUCUGGAUCUGAGCUUAAAGGGUGAAUUCUACAACAUUGGGAAGCAUCGGGAGCCUCCGUUCUCCCCUGCAGCCUUCUCCCUGCCACCUCAGACAGACAACAUGGUGUACAUCGCACUGUCUGCCUUCACACCCAGCUCUGCAGGCUUCGUCUACAACAAAGCCGGAGUUAUGAGUCUGUACAUCACAGACGACAUGGUCCCCAAGGAAUCUCCCGUCAGACUCAACACCAAUACGUUUGGGGUCUUCAUCCCACAGAUUAAAAAGCAGUUUCCUGGUCUGAUGAUGAAGCUGCUGCUGAAGACUUUGGACAAUCCCACCAUCACUUUUCAACCCAAAAAUGCAACAGUUGAGGUCACCGGCACGAUGACGGCCUAUGCCGUCCAACCCAAUGGAACCCUGUCUCCUCUCUUUGUCCUAAACAUGGAGAGCAGCGUCAGCAGCGACGUGUUUGUGAGUGGGCUGAACAUCGCUGGAAGAGUCAGCCUCAACAGAAUGAAACUGACUCUGGCCACAAGUUAUGUGGGACUGUUUCAGGUCAGCACUCUAAACAGCAUAUUCCAAACCGUCCUCAAAGUGGUGGUGAUACCCGUGGUGAAUGUGCAACUUGCUAAGGGUUACCCACUUCCUGCUCUUGGAAAGAUGAACCUGGUGAACCCCCAGGUUCAAAUGAUGAAAGACUACAUGCUGAUUGGAACAGAUGUCACGUUCACAGCCUGAACCAGGAACUGAACUGGGUCAGUGUACAUAAGAAGUCCAAUCACUGGAAGAAAACCAGCCAACAUCAAUUCCUCCUAAACUGAUCUAUGCUCUACUUCUGAGACACGACUUCUUCUUUUGUAUUUACUUUAGCAGUAAGUGACCUGUGGAUGGGACAGUGGUGUUACUGCGGAGCUUUAAUACCAGGAGAGUGGGUUUUACCGCUCUCACCGCUUUUAGAAAUCAGUGUGCUCUUCUAAAGCACAUCACAGCUCUCUGAGCUGCUGACUUUGGCAAAAUUUCCUCUCAAAGUUUCUGACUUUAUGGAAUGAUUCUGCAGAGUGCUGAUCUGCAGCAGUUUUCCUGCUGCCUGGAGAAUCCCAUUAAAACACUACUAAAUCAUCACACAUCAGGAAAAAUCAGUCAGAAUCAGGUGAUGGGAGCAGAUUCUACAUUUAUUUAAUCCAAAUGGGAUUAAAGUCAUUUAGAUACUUUGAAUCAAUAGUAUAAUUAAGUUAAAUUGAACUUUUCAAAAGGUGAAUCUGAUCAGACUAAAGAAUAUAAAGCGAUUUUUUUGUCUUCAUCCCGUGAUGUCCUUGAUCAUGGUGCUGUCUGAGGUCACAUAUCCACGAAGCUGGCCAGAGGUUGCUGUCCGUGUGUCCAGGUUGCUGUGGCCAAGGGCUCGACCUCGCAGGCUCUGUGAGGUGGCUGAUAAUAUCUACACACACACACACACAAAGGACAUCCAACCCGGAGAUUAUAGCAGACUAACAAAACUAGUUGACAGGUGUCUGUUUUAGCGUUUGAAGUAAAUCUAUUUUUGUUUACACAGCAAUGCAUUAUGGGUGAAGCAGUUUGGUGGCAAAGGGUGCAGGUGUGGUACACUAUGGGUGUACCACAAGGCUCAGUUCUGGGACCACCGCGGUACAGUUUGUACAUCAAUAGUGCAGGAUUGUGUUGAAACUUUAACCGUAUGCUGAUGAUUUUAACAUUUAUAAACAAGAUCAAUAAACUUAUCAAACAACAGA